CACCUGUUAGUUUUGUACUAAUUGUUUUUAUGGAAUUAGACCCUUUGAUUUACCAAAUACAUAUUUCAAAUUGCAUGAAAAAAAACCCCAAGUGGGGUAUUUUUUAUGUCAAAGGAGGUUUCGAAGGUGAUGAUGCCCAAAAACGCGGUUCAAAGCAAGCCCCAUUUCCAUUCUUUCUUCGUCCAUAGACUCUAAUCUGCUGAAUCACAAGGAAGUGUAAUUUUUUUUUUUUCACAUGGUUUCGACUUCUUCUUCAACAACCACUCCUCAAGAAAAAUACGAUGUGUUCCUUAGUUUCAGAGGAGAGGACACUCGUGUUUGUUUCGUCAGCCACCUCUAUGCUGCUUUGAAGCGGAAACAAAUCUCAACCUUCAUCGAUUACAAACUUAACAGAGGGGAAGAAAUUUCUCUAUCCCUUUUGAAAGCAAUUGAAGAUUCCAAGCUUUCUGUCGUUGUUUUCUCUGACAACUAUGCGUCUUCCAAAUGGUGCUUGGAGGAACUUGCAAAAAUUCUUGAAUGCAAGAAAGUUAAAGGGCAGAUGGUUAUACCCGUUUUCUAUCGGGUUGAUCCAUCUCAUGUUAGGAAUCAAACUGGAAGUUUUGCCGAUGCAUUUGCUAGGCAUGACCAGUUAUUGAAGGAGAAGAUGGAAAAGGUGCUCAACUGGAGAGCGGCCAUGAGGGAGGCAGCCAAUCUAUCUGGGUGGGAUUCACAUAACAUUAAAUCUGAGUCUGAAUUUGUUGAUGACAUUGUUAGAGAUAUAUUGAACAAAUUGCAUCAAACAUCUAUGAGUACUCAUCAUACGAGUCUGAUUGGAAUUGAUGCACGUAUUAAGAAGGUUGAAACUUUGUUGAAAAUGGAGUCCCAAGAUGUUCGGAUUGUAGGGAUAUGGGGAAUGGGUGGUAUAGGUAAGACAACUAUUGCUAAAGCGGUAUAUGACAAUGUCUCUGCUCAAUUUGAAGGGUUCCUCUUUGUUGCAAAUGUUAGGGAAGAACUAAAAAGACAUACAGUGGUUGGUUUGCAGAAAAAUAUCCUUCCAGAAUUACUAGACCAAGACAUUCUGAACACUGGCCCUUUGAGCUUUGGAAAUGCUUUUGUAAUGGAUAGACUUCGCCGUAAAAAGGUUCUUAUUGUUCUCGAUGAUGUGGAUAGUUCAAGGCAACUGGAAGAAUUGUUACCAGAGCCACAUGUUUCAUUUGGUCCAGGAAGUAAAAUUCUUUUAACAAGUAGGGAUAAGCAAGUGCUUAGGAAUGUGGUUGAUGAAAUCUAUGAUGUUGAGAGAUUGAACCACCAUGAAGCUCUUCAACUCUUUAACAUGAAAGCCUUCAAGAAUUACAACCCCACAAGUGAUCAUAGUGAGUUGGUAGAAAAGAUAGUAGAUUAUGCACAAGGCAAUCCUUUGGCUCUUAUAGUUUUAGGUUCUGCUCUCUAUGGUAGAAGCAAAGAGGAAUGGUGUAGUGUUUUGAAUAAGUUAGGGAAAGUUUCUAGCCGUGAAAUUCAGAAUGUGUUGAGAAUUAGUUAUGAUGGGCUUGAUGAUGAACAACAAGAGAUAUUUCUUGAUCUUGCAUUCUUUUUCAAUGGGGCAAAUAGGGACCGUGUUACAAAAAUUUUGGAUGGUUGUUAUUCAGCUGCUCGUUCGGAUAUAAGUGUUCUUUUUGAAAAGUCUCUCAUCACCACACCUGGUUGCACUGUCAACAUGCAUGAUUCAAUACGAGAGAUGGCUUUUAGCAUUGUUCGUGAAGAAUCUAAAAUUCCAGGCAAACGUAGUAGGUUAUGUGAUCCUGAGGAUGUAUAUCAAGCAUUGGUGAAAAAGAAGGGAACGGAGGCAGUUGAAGGCAUAUGCUUGGAUAUCUCUGAAUCACGUGAAAUGCACUUAAAAUCUGAUGCCUUUUCAAGGAUGGAUCGGCUAAGAAUUCUCAAAUUUUUUAAUCAUUUUUCCUUGGAUGAAAUUUUCAUAAUGGACAACAAAGAUAAAGUGCACCUUCCUCAUUCUGGCCUCGAUUAUCUUUCUGAUGAGCUGAGAUAUCUCCAUUGGGAUGGGUUCCCUUUGAAAACCUUGCCACAAAGUUUUUGUGCUGAAAACAUUGUUGAGCUUAUUUUCCCUGAUAGCAAGAUUGAAAAGCUUUGGACAGGUGUACAGGACCUUGUGCAUUUAAGAUGUAUGGAUCUCAGUGGCUCCCCAUAUUUGCUUGAAAUCCCAGAUCUUUCCAUGGCUGAAAAUAUAGAGAGUAUAAAUCUUAAAUUUUGUAAAAGUUUAAUAGAGGUGAACCCCUCUAUUCAAUAUCUCACCAAGCUGGAGGUCCUUCAGCUCAGUUAUUGUGACAAUCUUAGAAGUCUUCCAAGCAGGAUUGGUUCGAAAGUUUUGAGAAUUCUUGAUCUAUAUCAUUGCAUUAAUGUCAGAAUAUGCCCUGCAAUUUCAGGAAAUUCACCAGUUCUUAGAAAGGUUGAUCUACAAUUCUGUGCAAAUAUUACAAAAUUUCCAGAGAUUUCCGGGAACAUAAAAUAUCUAUAUUUGCAAGGGACGGCAAUCGAAGAGGUGCCUUCAUCAAUUGAGUUUCUCACAGCACUUGUUAGAUUGUAUAUGACUAACUGCAAACAGCUCUCAAGUAUUCCCAGCAGCAUCUGUAAACUGAAAUCCCUUGAAGUUCUCGGGCUUUCAGGCUGCUCAAAACUUGAGAGCUUCCCAGAAAUCAUGGAGCCCAUGGAAUCUUUGAGACGUCUUGAGUUAGAUGCAACAGCUAUUAAAGAGCUACCUUCAUCAAUUAAAUAUCUGAAAUUCUUGACACAGCUUAAGCUAGGUGUAACAGCUAUUGAAGAGCUAUCCUCAUCAAUUGCACAACUGAAAUCUUUGACACAUCUUGAUUUAGGCGGAACAGCUAUUAAAGAGCUACCCUCUUCAAUUGAACAUCUGAAAUGUUUGAAACAUCUGGAUUUAAGCGGAACGGGUAUCAAAGAGUUACCAGAGCUUCCAUCAUCACUUACAGCUCUAGAUGUAAAUGACUGUAAAUCACUUCAAACCUUAUCGAGGUUCAAUCUAAGAAAUUUCCAGGAGUUGAACUUUGCAAACUGCUUCAAAUUGGAUCAAAAGAAACUAAUGGCAGAUGUGCAAUGUAAAAUUCAGUCUGGAGAGAUCAAAGGUGAGAUUUUUCAAAUUGUUUUACCAGAGGAUGAAAUUCCACCAUGGUUUCGCGGUCAAAAUAUGGGAUCUUCAGUUACCAAAAAGUUGCCCUUAAACUGUCAUCAGAUCAAGGGAAUUGCUUUCUGCAUAGUCUUUGCAUCUCCCACACCACUUCUGUCUGAUUGUGUCAAUUUUAGUUGCAAAUGCGAUGCCAAAAGUGAUAAUGGUGAACAUGAUCAUGUCAAGUUAUUAUGGUAUGAUUUGGAUCCACAGCCAAAAGCUGCUGUGCUCAAGUUAGAUGAUUCGGAUCACAUGUUAUUGUGGUAUGAGAGCACAAGAACAGGUCUUAAUAGUGAAUAUUCUGGCAGUGAAGUUACAUUCGAAUUCUACAACAAAAUCGAGCAUUCCAAGAUCAAAAGGUGUGGGGUCUAUUUCCUAUUUGAUAAGAAUCGAUCCAGCAGUUGUGAUGAGGAUUCGAGCCACCAGGAUGACAACUGAAGAGAUUUCAGAUUUUAUCAUGGAUGAUUUGAAAUUCCCACCAUUACUGGUCAGGGAAUUCAAUCUUCUUGGUUUAACUGCUACUGAAAUAUUCAAAUUACUUCAAGACUGAGCUGGAAAAGUCUAUAUCCUACCUGUCUGAUUAUCUUGAUGUCCUCCUUUGCUUCUUGAGUUAUGAGCAUUUCAUUCUCCUACAGGGCAUCACAUCUUCAAUCUCUAACUCGAUUCAUCCGGUAAUUCACCCCUUCCAUUUUUAUUAUUUAUUUUUUCUUCUUGAAAGUAUUCUAGUUUUUAUUGUCAGUACUGUUGUCUCAAAUACACUAAUUAAUAUUGUCGGAACAACGACCCCAAUUUUAUUUACACAACAUUCUAUGUAUACCUCUACCUCUACCUCUUUUAUUAUUAUUGAAAGUACAAGAUUUUUUUUUUU